AUGGCUACCCCUAGUGUCCUAGCUUUUGACGCUGAGGGUCGCGCCAUUGAUUUUGAGGUCUGGUUAGACGACCUGCAGCUGUUCUUACAGUGCGACAGGGCUGACGACCUUUCUCUCUUUGACCUCACCUCUGGCGCCUCUCCUGCUCCUGCUGCUGAUGCUGAUCCCACUGUCCGCUCUAAGUGGGACACCCGCGAUGCUGCUGCACGUCUUGCUGUGUGUCGCCACCUCCCUACCUCUGAGCGUGCGCACUUUAGUCAGUACAAGAGUGCUCAGACCUUGUACGACGCUGUAGUUGAGCGCUACUCCUCCCCUACCACUGUUGCACUGAGCCGUCUCAUGCUUCCCUACCUCUUUCCUGACCUCUCUGCCUUUCCCACUGUCGCUGACCUCAUUACGCACCUCCGCACUAGUGACACUCGCUACCGCGCCGCCCUUCCUGCUGAGUUCUGCGCUAAGAACCCCCCCCCCAUGUACAUCGCUCUCUACUACGUAGUCGCGCGCCUCCCUGACUCCCUUCGAGUCGUCAGGGACCACUUUCUCGCAGUCUGUCCCACCACCCUCACCAUCGACCUCCUCGAGAAGGCCCUCCUCGCAGCGGAGAAGAGCAUAGUCGCUGUAGGUGCUUCUCGUGGUGACCCUCGCACCCCCAUCUUUGAGGGGUGCUCUCCUUCCCCCUUGCUGCCCUCUGUUGCCUCUGCUGCUGCGGCCGACCUGCUUGGUCUUGAGUCGGUCGGCGCGGCGUCUGCCCCUAGUGGGAGACGUCGCUCCAGCAAGGGCAAGGGGGGCAAGGGCGCGGGUGGAGCUGGAGGGGGCGGUGGCGGUGGCGGCGGUGGCGGCGGAGGGAGUGGGGGUGGCGGCGGGACUAGUGGCGGGGGUGGUGGUGGUGGUGGUGGCCGCAGCGGCGGAGACGGUGGUGGUGGUGCCAGCGGUGGUGGUGGAGGCAGCGGCGGAGGUGGAGGCGGCGGAGGUGGAGGCGGUGGAGGUGGCAGCGGAGGAGGCGGUGGUGGUGGAGGAGGUGGAGCUGGCUGGGGUGGUACCCAGCAGCGUAGCGGCGGUGGUGGUGGCCAGCGCUCGCAGCGGCAGCAGCAGCAGCGCUCGCGGGACAUCCCUCCGCCUCAGCAGCUUCGUGAGUGGUACGCUGGGCGUCAGAGGGGUGGGGGUACUGGUCCCUGCACCUACGUUCUUCGUUCCGGCGACCGCGCGGGUGAGCAGUGUGGGGGUGCCCACGCCACCCAGCGCUGCUUUGGCCGCCUGACGGACGCUUGGCGUCAGCAGUUCCCUAGGGCUAGUGAGAUCCCUCGCUGGGAUGAGCUUCUCAGGGCUGGUGUAGCGAUCUUUGAUCUUGAUUUUGAUGCUAUCCUUGCUGCUAUGUAUGUUGUGGAUUAUAGUGAGGAGAAUGAGGGUUACCGGUGUUUCCAGCCCGACCCGGGCAUUGGUACUGCUACGCUAGGUGCUUGUGAGGCUGCUGCUCUAGGUGCCAGUGCGUCUGUGCUCUCAGGUACUGGUGAGACUGCGCUCUCAGGUACUGCGUCGUCCUCGUCCUCCCUCACUUUCACACUUGACUCCGGGGCUUCUCGCUCCUUCUUUCGAGACCGCACUACCCUUACGCCGCUCGGCCGGCCAGUUGCGGUCUCCCUUGCUGACCCCUCUGGGGGUCCUGUCCUGUCUCACUUCUCCACUGUCCUCCCGUGUCCGGCUGCCCCUUCGGGCACCCUGUCUGGUCUGUACCUUCCCUCGUUCUCUACGAACUUGGUGAGUGGAGCGGACCUGCAGGAUGUGGGGGUUCACCAGUUCACUCCUGCGAGUCAGCGGGUGACCCACUGCACGGAGGCACGCACAGGCCGACACCUGGCCACGUUCUCGCGUCAGCCGGGGUCGAGUCUCUACACCCUGACCGUUGAGUCUCCUCCUGUCCCUGCGUCUGAUCAGGUGGCUGCGCCGGGUCAAGUGCUUGCUGCUGCGUCCCGACCUUCCUGUGUCCCCUGUGUCGAGGGUCGCCUCCGGGCUACUCCUCACUCCUCCCACUUCCCCCCGACAGAGGCUCCCCUGCAGACGCUUCACAUGGAUGUGUGGGGCCCAGCCCCCGUCCGUGGGCAGGGUCACGAGUGCUACUUCCUGUUGGUGGUUGACGACUACUCGCGUUACACCACAGUCCUCCCCUUGCGCAGCAAGGGUGCGGUCACUGAGGUGCUGAUCGACUGGAUCCGCGAGGCUCGUCUCCAGCUCAGGAAGAGCUUCGGCUCGGACUUUCCUGUUCUGCGUCUGCACUCGGACAGAGGCGGAGAGUUCUCUUCUCGCCUUCUGCGGGACUACUGUCGUGCACGGGGGAUUCGCCAGACCUUCACCCUACCGGACUUACCACAGCAAAAUGGGAUUGCUGAGCGCCGCAUUGGCAUGGUCAUGGAUGUCGCUCGUACGUCCAUGAUGCAUGCGGCUGCCCCCCAUUUUCUGUGGCCGUUUGCGGUGAGGUACGCGGCGCAUCAGCUCAACCUUCACCCCCGGGUCUCUCGGCCUGCGAUGUCCCCAGCCUUGUUGUGGACGGGGAAGGUUGGCGAUGCGUCUGUAUUCCGUGUCUGGGGAUCUCGGGCGUUUGUCCGCGACUUGUCUGCGGACAAGCUGUCCCCUCGUGCUGCUCCCUGUGUCUUCCUUGGCUUCCCCUCUGACGCCCCAGGGUGGCAGUUUUACCACCCCUCCUCUCGUCGUGUUCUGUCCUCCCAGGACGUCACGUUCGACGAGUCAGUCCCCUUCUACCGUCUCUUCCCCUACCGCACUCCUUCCCUCCCCCCUCCCCCGGACUUCCUUGUGCCGGUUCCCCCCCCGGUAGACCCCCUCCCCCCUCAGGUUCCUGCCCCCUCAGGUGUGUCCCAGGUAGACGCCGUUGACCCGGUCGAGGUUACUGGUGACUCUGGUGCUGCUGCGGGUGCUGAGCCUGGGGGUGCUGACUCUGGGGGUGCUGUGCGCGGGGGUGCUGAGCCUGGGGGUGCUACUGCUGGGGGUGCUACUGCGGAGGGUGCGGAGCCUGGGGGUGCUGAGUCGGGGGGUGCUGUGCCUGGAGGUGCUGGGUCUGGGGGUGCUAGGUCGGGAGCUGCUGAGCCUGGGGGUGCUGAGCUGGGAGCUGCUGAGCCUGGGGGUGCUGCGUCUGGAGCUGCUGAGCGUGCUGCUGAGUCUGGAGGUGCUGCUGGAGCUGGAGCUGGAGCUUCUUCGACCGUCGAGGGUGCGGGUGCUGCCGGUCCCGGAGCUGCUGGACCUGCGGGUCCUCCUGGAGCUGGAGCUGCUGAGGGCGUUGGUGCUGAGCCUACUGCUGUUGGUCCUGCCGCUCGAGAAGUGGGUGGCGCUGGUGCUGUCGCUGAGGGUGCUGGUGCUGUCCCUGCUGAGUCUGGAGCUGCCGCGCGGCCUUGGCCAUACUUCGUUCCGCUCCUGCAGCAGGUUCUUGGUCUUUCUCCUCUAGUAGAGGGUUCACCGCCUGUCCAGUCGCAGUCCCUGCUGGAGCUUUCCUCUCCACUGCCUGCUCCCUCUCCUUACACUGGUCCUACUGGAGGUCUUGCUGAGCGUCGUGAGCCUGCGUCUCAUCCCGCGUCGCCUUCGGACUCUCUUCGUGCUGCCAGUCCUACUGUCACGCGUCUCCUUGCUACUGUCGUCACUGACCCCUCUUUUGAGUCCACUGCUGCGUCUGCUCUAGUCGCUGAGCUCGUCGACUUUGCUGCUCGCUGUCGUCUCGACUACGCUGCUAGUCUUGUUGCUGAGUCUGCGUCUGUUUGUCCUCCGUCCGUCAGGGGUGAGUGUGCUCUUGGCACGGACGUCCUAGAGGACAGGCAGGAGGAGUUACAGUGUCUAGCGGCUGCUUCACCUCAUCUUGCGUCUGUACUGCUUGCCCCUGAGGGAGACUCGGAUGCACUAGACAUCCCGACUCCGCGUUCUUACGCGGAGGCCGUAGAGGGUCCCUACUCCUCUCAGUGGCAGGCAGCUAUGGAUGCAGAGAUGGCUUCCUGGAAGUCCACAGGCACCUACGUUGACGCGGUUCCCCCUCCUGGGGCAAACAUCGUCAGUGGCAUGUGGAUCUUCAGGGUGAAGCGGCCGCCGGGCUCUCCACCUGUCUUCAAGGCACGGUACGUUGCUCGUGGCUUCAGUCAGCGGCAGGGAGUUGACUACUUUCAGACCUUCUCUCCCACCCCGAAGAUGACUACUCUUUGGGUGCUGCUGCACAUAGCCGCUCAGCGUGACUACGAGCUUCACUCUCUCGACUUCAGCACUGCGUUCUUGCAGGGUAGCCUGCACGAGGAGAUCUGGCUUCGCCGUCCACCUGGCUUCACUGGGACUUUCCCUCCUGGCACCCAGUGGAGCCUCCGACGGCCAGUCUACGGUCUUCGCCAGGCACCGCGUGAGUGGCACGACACACUGAGGACUAGGCUUGCGGCUCUUGGGUUUGCUCCUUCUACUGCUGACCCGUCACUGUUUCUUCGCACCGACACUUCCCUGCCGCCGUUCUACAUCCUCGUGUACGUCGACGACUUGGUCUUUGCCACAGCGGACACUACUGGACUCGCCUACGUGAAGUCCGAGCUGCUGAAUAGACACACGUGCACAGACUUGGGUGAACUGCGCAGCUACCUUGGCUUGCAGAUCACUCGGGACAGAGCACGCCGCACCAUUACCUUGACUCAGUCACACAUGGUGCAGCAGGUCCUUCAGCGCUUCGGCUUCACGUACUCCUCGCCUCAGGCCACUCCUCUGCCUACUCGCCACUCACUCUCAGCUCUGCCUUCGGAUGAGUCCGUAGAGUCGAGUGGUCCGUAUGCAGAGCUUGUUGGCUGCCUCAUGUACCUGAUGACCUGCACACGACCUGACCUUGCAUACCCUCUGAGUAUUCUUGCACGCUAUGUUGCUCCUGGGAGACACAGACCGGAGCACAUGGCUGCAGCGAAGAGGGUAUUGCGCUACCUGUGCAGUACGUCGGGCAUGGGGCUAGUGCUUGGAGGGCGGAGUCCAGUGGUCCUUACCGGCCACGCGGACGCUUCUUGGGCUGACGACCAGGCUACGCAGCGGUCGUCACAGGGUUACACCUUCAGCCUUGGUUCCGGCUUUGUCUCGUGGCGGUCUACUCGCUUGUCUUCGGUUCUCGGCUCCAGUUGUGAGGCUGAGAUCUACGCCGGGGCCAUGGCUGCACAGGAGCUUCGCUGGCUCACCUACCUGCUGACUGACCUUGGAGAGCCGCCUUGUUCUCCUCCAGUGCUGUACGUAGACAACAAGGCCAUGCUGGCCUUGUGUCAAGAGCAGCGCUUGGAGCACAGAACGAAGCACAUUGCUCUCCGCUACUUCCUUGCUCGUGAGCUGCAGCAGCGUGGUCAGUUGCGACUUGCGUACGUGGCCUCUGAGGCCAACACUGCUGAUGUGUUCACCAAGGCACUCGCGCCUUGUGACCAUCAGCGCUUUUGCACCCAGCUGGGUCUUGUGCCUGUCUUGCCUCACUUGCUCUCCUCUUGA